UCUAAGGUGAGAAUUCCGAGUGUUCUCUCUUCUUUCCCAGUUGCCGUCCGGCGAACUAAUCCACCGCCAUGGCUCAACGUCUGAAUUUCUCCUCUUCCAUUUCCACCUCGCAUCUUUCGUCUAUUCUUCCCUCUCAGAAUUCCGUCGCUGCUGCUUCUUCGAAACCAAAUUGGAAGCCCCUCACUUCCCACUUCCUCCCUCAUCCUAUCCCUCUCAUCCGUCUCUGCUUACGCUCCACCAACUACUCCGUCUGGCGUCUGGCUGUGACGGCUCUCUCUGCCGAUGCUUCGGGAAAGAAGCCGCUGCUCGAAGUCAAAAUUUUCAAGGCUGUGAUCGCUGAAACAGGACAGGAAAUUCUAAAGGGCGUCAACCUAGUCGUGAAUGAAGGGGAGGUCCAUGCUAUAAUGAGCAAAAAUGGUUCCGGGAAAAGCACAUUCUCAAAGGUUUUCGUUGGCCAUCCACAUUAUGAAGUUAGGUGGCAGCGUGAUCUUUAAAGGAGAGAACUUGCUUGACAUGGAACCGGAGGAUAGGUCCCUUUCAGGGCUUUUGAGCUUUGAGUCCCCAGUUGAAAUCCCUGGUGUCAGCAAUAUUGACUUCCUAAACAUGGCUUACAAUGCUCGAAGAAGAAAACUUGGUAUCCCUGAGCUUGGUCCAAUUGAGUUCUAUGCGUACCUGUUUCCCAAGCUUGAGCUUAUGAACAUGACGAGUGAUUUUCGAAACAGAAAUGUUAGUGAAGGGUUCAGUGGUGGUGAAAGGAAGCGGAACGAGAUUUUACAGCUUGAGGUUCUGGAAGCAGAUUUGUCUGUAUUAGAUGAGAUUGAUUCUGGUCUAGAUGCCGAUGCUCUCCAAGAUGUUGCAAAAGCAGUUAAUGGACUCUUGACGCCUAAGAAGUCUGUUUUGAUGGUUACACAUUAUCGACGGCUGUUGGAAUUCAUCCAGCCUUCCUAUGUACGUAUUCGUAGGAGGAUGGAAGAAUCAUAAAGACUGGGGAUACUAACAUUGUAAGUGUUCUCGAGAAGGAAGGUUAUAAAGCAAUGUCUACCGCCUGAACAGUCAACGUAUCGGGGAAUAACGGUAAUGCUAAGUGUAUGGCAUCUCCCAUCUCUGUACUUGUUCUUGGGGAUUCGGAACUUCACUGUUCAUCAGUGUGUUUUAUGUUCCUGGUGAAGAUUGCUGUAAGUUUGCGAUUAUCUGGGAGCUCCAUUCCGAUCUUAGUUCGGCUGGUUCUUUUUGUCGGGACCAACAAUGAGCCCACAAUUGCGAUCAAUUCCUGCGUCUGUCGAAGUCUUCUUCUCUUUGCAAAAAGACAAAAGGAUCAGAGGAGAGAAAGAAAAGGGAUAAAGAAGGCAAUUCCAGAGACCCGAAACAUUUGAAUAGGUUUUGCCAAUUCACACUCAAGUGGAAAAAUGACUAUGCCGAUCGUGUAACACGAGGAAGAAAAUGGAUAUGUCACUCUUUCGUAUGGAUUACUCGCAUACAAGUAAAUAUUACACUGAUUGACAGACAACAGGCCAGUUAGACUGCUACCAAUGGGACACCAAUUUGAUCAGUUGACAACAUCUGAGAAACCAAUCUCAUCUCUGGCCUAGCCUGCGGAUUGGUGUUCAAACAUGCUGCAGCGACCCUCAAGACGUUCUCCAAGUCUUGCUUGAUUAGAGCUGAAGGAGGAGAGAGACGCUGGUCUAGCAGAUCAUCCAACGGCAAUGCUAUGUCUGUCAAAGAGGAGGAGGCGAACGAUAGCACGGUUUCCCCAGGAUGGUUCCCUUUGAUCACUUCCAGUGCCAACACUCCGAAGCUAUACACAUCGCAUUUCUCCGUCACCCUCAUUGUAUACGCCAGCUCUGGAGCAAGAUAUCCACGGGUGCCAGCCUGUGCAGUCCAAUGGGAGGUAUCAGUGUUGAGAAGCUUUGCAGUCCCAAAAUCCGAAACUCGGACUUCGUAAUCGGUAUCCAACAGCACGUUAUUGCUGGUUAUAUCUCGAUGAACGAUGGGUAUGGUGCAAUCGUGGUGCAAGUAAGACAAGGCAUGAGCCACUCCUCUCACAAUGUUGACCCUCUUCCACCAAUCCAACUCCACGGCUUCCCCAUCGUGGCUCAGAACUGAAGCUAAGCUCCCUCUCUCCAGGUACUCGUACACCAAGAAGGAGUGUCUAGAGUGAGAACAGAAACCAUAGAGUUUCACAAUGUUCCGGUGCCUUACCUCGGUCAACACUUUGAUCUCGCUCAGGAACUCCCUCUGAAGCGCCCCAUUGCUGUCGUGGAAACCGUGGAGCUUCUUCACUGCCACGUUGAUUCCGGAUGGCAGCCUGGCCUUGUACACCGUACCAUAACCUCCCUUCCCAAUGCAGUACCUGGAAUCAAAGGUCUCGGUUGCUUUCACGAUUUCAGAGUACAUGAUCUUCCCAUCGAACCCAGGGGUGAUCAAGAUGUCCUCUUCCUGCUGCUGCUGUAGUGGUUGUGUUUCUGCCUCUCCCCUGCCAUUCCGGUGAAUGCAGAGCAUUCCCAAAGCUAAUAGCACAACAACCACGGCCAAGACAGGCAGGAAAAUGACCAAGAACAAGAACAUACGGCUCUUUUUUCUCGAUGAACCGGUUCCUGGAGUAGAAGAAGGAUUGCACCGCUGUAGACCCUCAAUACUUCCACACAAGCCACUGUUGCCCUGUACAUCUUCAAUCGAAGCGUUUUGGAAGCUUCUACUGUUUGGAAGAGGACCCUGCAAUCUGUUAUAGGAAAUGUCAACGGCGCGCAAGGGGAUUUGUGCUAACCCAUUUGGAAUUGACCCAGAAAGGCUAUUCCUUGACAGGUUCAGGAACUCCAAGCUUCCCAAGGAGCUCAGCCUCGAUGGGAUUGGGCCGGUGAGCGAGUUCCGGCUGAGAUCGAGAUUUGACAGAUGAAUCAGAUUGCCCAGUUGAUCUGGAAUGCUUUCCCCGAACUGGUUGUUGCUGAGAUUCAAGUAGUUCAGCUGAGAAAAUUCGCCUAUGCUAGCCGGAAUUGACUGGUUGAACCUGUUAGAAGACAAAUCGAGCAGCUCCAGCUCAGUAAAUGAUCUCAACUCUGGAGGGAUAGGCCCUGAGAGUUGAUUGCCGUAGAGUGCUAGCCUGACUAAAGAACUCAGCUUUCCAAGCUCUAUGGGAAGUUGACCAACCAAUUGAUUGGAAGAAAGAUUAAGCCCCUGCAGCCGAGAAACGUUACCAAUCUCCGGCGGAAUCUCACCCCUGAUGUUGUUCUCAGAAAUCAGAAGUGUAGCCAAAUUGGGGCACGAUCCCCAGUUGGAUGAUAUCUCACCGUAGAAGUUAUUCCGGCUGAGAUCAAUGUACUGCAAAUCUGGGUAGACCCCGAAGUCAUCAGAAAUAUUCCCGGUGAACUGAUUAUCUUCCAGACGAACCCGGACGAAGGUCGGGCAGGUCCUGAAGCUUCUAGGAACAGGGCCGGAGAAGUUGUUGGCAUUGGCGGUGAAAUUGAUCAGCGAUUGCUGACCUCCGCAGAGGUUCUCAGGUAGAACGCCGGAGAAAUUGUUGCUGUCUAGCUGGAGAACCGUGAGCUUGGUGAGGUUCGCUAUCUCCUUAGGGAUUGAACCAGAGAGACGGUUCACACGAAGAUACAAGAUUUCCAAUGUGCUCAAAUUUCCAAUUGAAGCAGGAACAGGGCCCGUGAGUCGAUUCUCGCUCACCUCCAGAUCUACAAUGGACUCCAAGUUCCCCAGCUCUGGUGGAAUCCCGCCGGAGAGCUGGUUCCCGUAGAGAUGGAGCUGGACCAGGGAUGUCAGCCGGCCAAUCGACGGAGGAAUUGGACCGGAGAGGUUGUUUGUAUGGAGGCUGAGGAACUGGAGCGACCUGAGGUUCCCGAUUUCGUCAGGAAUUCGGCCGGAGAGUGAAUUCAUGAACAUGUAGAGAGUAGUCAAGUUGGUCAAUUUCCCGAAACUUGCCGGAAUUGGACCGGAUAACUGGUUGGUGUCGAUGAAAAACUCGGUGAGUUCGGUCAAGUUACCGAUUUCCGGGGGAAUUGGACCGGAGAUUGCAUUGUCGUAGAGGUACAAGCGCUCCAAUCUGGUCAAGUUCCCUAUUGAAGAAGGAAGCGGGCCUUCGAGAUAGUUGGUGUAGAGGGCGAGCUCGGUCAAGGACUCCAGCUGGCCGAUCUCGUUGGGAAUCGAGCCGUUCAGCUGGUUGUCAAUGAUGUGGAGGGUUUCCAGCUUUCUGAGGAGGCCGAUUUCCGGCGGGAUGACGCCGGAGAGCUGGUUGAGGGACACGUCGAAGUAGAUGAGGUUGGCGAGCUGGCCGAUUGCGGGUGGGAUGAUGCCGUAGAGCUGGUUUAUGCUCAGCUCGAAGUAGGAGAGGCUGGGGAGCGAGGAAAAGGGGAAGUCUUCCAGCGUACCAUUCAGGCCGGAGUUGGUGAGAUUCAGCCGAAGCACGCUCCCGGCGGCGGUGCAGGAGACUCUGACGAAGCGGCAGGGGGUGGCGGCGGCGCGGGUGGCGUUGACCGGCCAGGUGGAGAUGUUGGAUUGGCGGAGGUCGUUAAGGGUGGAAGCCCAUCGGAGGAGAGCGGCGGCUUCGGAUGCGGAGUCGGAAGCUGCCGGGAGUGGUGAAGUGAGGAGAAGAAGGGAGUAGAGGAUAAGAAUAGGAAGAAGCUGAAGCGGCAGAGGUUGUUGGGUCCUCCUGUUGGAGGUUGUUUCAUCAAUUUCUUCUGCCAUUUUUUGGGCUUUUGUUUGCUGGGAAACGUUGGUUUUUGGCUUUUGCUAUGUUCAUCUAUUUUCCGGGAAUGUGCUUCAAGCCGCGAUGGAUGGAUGAUUGCUUGCUGUUCGUGAAAGCAAAUGUUGAUUGGUCAACAGUCUGCCAUUUGACAAAUGGGAUGCAUUCCGAUGGCGCGUCUUGGGCUCUUGGCUGAAUGCUUUAGUUGACCUCGGAGUUUGUUCAUACAUGUUUGAUCAGAAAGCACUAACGGAAGUUAUGUGAAGGAGACUUCCACGAUAUGAGAUCGUCAUUCUCCUCCUCCUGCCACCGCUCAAUCUCGGAGCUAGCCGGCGAUCGGAAAUUAGAAGUUCCCAUAUUGACGACGAUCUCUGUUCCGAUUCAGAUGGAGGGAAGAGGGAGAAUGCUGCCGCUGCUGGCUCUUCACGCCGUCGCCGAGUACUACAGACUGCCAUGGAAACCUCCCGUCACGGCGGGACUAAUCGCCGCCAAUACCCUCGUCUACCUGAAGCCCGCUUUCCUCCGCCACCUCCUCCCUUCCAUCGAGGAGGUCUGGUUCAAUCCCCACCUCAUUCUCAAGAACAAGGAUGCGAGGCGCUUCUUCCUAUCACCAUUCUACCACAUCAACGAGUCCCACUUGGUCUACAACAUGAUUUCACUCCUAUGGAAGGGGAUCCAGCUGGAAACCUCAAUGGGAAGUCUCGAAUUCGCAUCCAUGGUCGCCGCACUCCUCACCAUGUCCCAAGGGAUCACGAUGCUGCUGGCCAAGACCCUCGUCGUGUUUCUCGACUACCCCAAGCCGUUCUACUCUGAAUAUGCUGUCGGGUUCUCGGGAGUGCUGUUUGCGAUGAAGGUUGUCCUCAAUUCUCAGUCCGCAGACUAUGCUCACGUGCACGGACUGGUGGUGCCAUCUCGAUAUGCUGCUUGGGCUGAACUAAUUCUCAUCCAAAUGUUUGCCCCUGGCGUCUCGUUCCUUGGCCACCUUGGUGGCAUUCUGGCAGGGAUGCUCUAUCUCAAACUCAAGGGCGAGUACUCGGGCUCGGGCUCAGGCUCGGGCUCGGGCUCAGACCCUUUGGUUAGAAUGCUCAGAGGUCUUGUUGGCAUAGCGAGCUGGCCACUGAGGGCUGCAAGAGGAUUGUUUCAACCCAGGAGGAUGCCACGUGUCUCCGGGAGGGGAACAGUCGGCAGGGAAACGAGAGACGGGUUGUCGGGUAUAUGGAGAUGCCAUGCUUGUACAUUUGAUAAUUCGGGUUGGUUAAGCGAGUGUGAGAUGUGUGGAACAAGGCGUGGAGGCUCAAUGGAUGAGAUUGGGAUUCAAGAAAUGCGUAUGCGGAGGAUUCAGAGAUUUGGUUGAUAUCAAGGCUCGGUAAUAGGUACGACAUACUCCUUGUUCGAUACAGAUUUUGAUGAUGUUUCACAGUUGCAUAAGGAUGUAGGGUCUGCUGGAUGUUCAGUGUAAUGCUAAGUUGAGCCUUGAACAGCGUAUACAUCAAACAGAUGGCCGAUUUACUUAUCCUUACAAUUGUUUUAUCUUUUAUGGUUUGUAUAUUUGAAUGCAAGAAUAGCAAAAGCUGGAUAUGACGAUAUUGGAAAUGCAGAUAUCUUCUGCAGACAAGUAGCCCUAGUUAGUUGAUGGUUCAAAUUCAUCAGUUCAAUUACUGUGUCUCCUUUGUGUUUCAGCACUAGAGUAUGAUGAUGGCCUCUGGCCUCCGCGAUACCUUAAUGCGUUAAAACAUCGUUAAGAAUUAGUCCAAUGAACA